AUCAACUUCCACGAAAGCAUGUGCAACCGCACAGUGUCACGUGAUCUGAAAUUAUCAAACCAUUAUCAAUUUUCUCUCGCUUUCUCUCACAAGAAGCUUCUGUGAGAAAAUGGCUCACCGGAGAGAACUUGAUUCAGUGAAGAUCAUAGAGCAGUGUCAAGUUUCUCCGCCACCAAAUUCUGUUCCUUCAACCACUCUUCCCCUCACUUUCUUUGACAUUCCAUGGUUCUUCUGCAACUCCAUCCAACGCAUCUUCUUCUACGAGUUUCCCCACCCCACUCACCACUUCCUCCAAGAAGCACUUCCCAUUCUCAAACACUCUCUUUCGCUCUCUCUCCAACAUUUCUUCCCUUUUGCCUCCAAUCUCAUCGUUCCACCACAACUCCACCUCUCUCACAUUCGUUACCUUCACGGCGACUCUCUCUCCUUCACCGUUGCAGAGUCCACAGCAGACUUCAAUCUCCUCACGUCAGAUUCUCCUCAAGACGUUCAAAACUGGCACCCUCUUGUUCCUACCUUGCCUUCCGCACGUGUUGAGCAGGAUGGCAUACGUGUGAUGCCUCUCAUGGCCAUUCAGGUCACGCUUUUCCCAAACUCUGGCUUCAGCAUAUGUCUCACCUUCAACCACCUUGCUGGGGAUGGCAAAUCACUUCAUCAUUUCAUCAAGUUUUGGGCUUCUCUUUGCAAUGCGAGAGGGGAGUUCACUUCCAUUGAGGCCUCUUUGUCUCUUCCUUCACACGAGAGAGACAAAGUUAAAGACCCAAAAGGGCUUAAGUUCAUUUACUUUCAAGAACUUGAACAUUUUGAGUCCAAAAGCAUGGAGUUCGCUGGGCUCGUGCGAGAUGUUUCCACUAACAAGCUGCGCUUCACUCUUGUACUCAGUCUUGAACAAGUUGAGAAACUAAAGAAAUGGGUCUCUCUUAAAUGUGCAAGCAACGAUUCGGGGUUAUUACACAUAUCAACCUUUGUUGUAGCAUGCUCUAUAAUUUGGGUUUGCAUGAUUAGGUCGGAAGAAAAAAGAGCCAUUUGUUUUUCAGAAGAGUGUGAUGAACUUUGUCACUUGGUGUUUCUAGCAGAUUGUCGCGAUCGUCCUGAAUUUUCAUUACCUUCCACGUACUUUGGAAAUUGUUUAACCGCUUACAUUGUGGCAAUAAAGAGGAAUGAGCUGGUGGGAGAAGAUGGGAUCGUUGCUGCGGCAAAUGCUAUUGGAAAGGAAAUUAGAUAUUUGAAGAGUGAUCCUUUGAGAAAUGCUGAAACGUUGAUGUCAGAUUAUAGAGAGUUAGGAAAACCAGGUAAAUCUGUGUUGGUUAUUGCAGGUUCACCAAAAUUGGGUGUAUACCAGACUGAUUUUGGUUGGGGAAAGCCUAAGAAAUGUGAAGCAGCGCAUAUUGAAUCGUCAGGAUCCAUUUCUCUUUCUGAUUGCAGAGACGAAAAAGGAGGAAUUGAGGUUGGAUUAGCACUUGAAAGAACUCACAUGAAUAAGUUCUGCAACAUCUUGGAAAAAGAACUCUAUAAUAUUAAUAAAUCUUGAGGGAACCCAAAAUAUAUUCUUGUUUUAUUCAAUUUAGUAUUUUCGUUUGUGGUUUGUUGUGUUUAAACCUUCCCUUUCAGGGUGAUGUGUGUCGUAAUUUUAUUGCCUAGACACAAUUACAUUGUUAAUGAAACAGUGUUUUCUUUUUC